AGGAGUGACAUGAAGACACGCAAGCCCAAAGAUAAGCAACAUCUCCUCGUCGCCUUCUCUUGUGGUCCGAAGUCUGUGGGUUUCUGAGAUCGAGCAGGCGGCAUCCGAACCAUGGCCACGAAUAUUCACCUCGCAACAUGCUCUACCGAGAAAGCGCUCCUGCAUUACGCGGAGGAAGGCGAUGUGGAGGGGUUGAAGGCGCUUGUAGAAGCGAACAAGGAGAGUGGCCGACUAGAUCUCAAUGCGGCGGACAAGAGCGGCAGAACCAUUCUUCACAUUGCAGUGGAGAAAGGAAACAUCGACAUGCUCGCCGCCAUCGUCAAGUUUGAUAGAAUCACCCUCCACGCUGUUGACCGCAAGGGCAGGAGUGCCCUCCAUCUCUCCGCCCUCCAUGCGCACGAGAGCGACGCUCAUUUGCAGUGCCUAUUCCUGCUCCUCGACUUGGGAGGGACGGUCAUGGCCAGCCUGAAAGACCAGGAAGGAUGGUCAGCUCUUCAUGCCGCCGCGUCAGUAGGAGCGAGCAACACUUGCCGGCUCCUGCUGCAGGCCGGGGCUCCUUGCAGCCCAUGCGAUCAUGACGGCAUCAACCCGCUGAUCGUUGCAGCGAGGAGAGACCACCUUCAAGUCGUCGAGCUCCUCCUCGCGCAUCGAUCGUCGCUCGCACAUGUCGACUUCGAUGGCUGGAACGCCCUCACGCAUGCGGCUGCCUGCGGGAGAGACCGAGUGGUCUCCCUCCUCCUCGAGAACCUCGCAGACCCUUCUUGUCAGGACUUGCACAACGGAACUCCGCUGCAGCAUGCUGUG